UCAAGACAUAAUUAGAAAAAUUUCCAAAGAUAUGUUGAGAAAUAAAGUGUGCGUUAAGCCCAAUGUGUGAGGCAUCUUUUCAUUCCACUAAAUCGGGUUCUGGAAGAGAUACUAGUUGAGCUUUAGUGGGAAAUUCCUACAAGGUGAUGCUAGUUCCUCUUUAGUACAAGUAAAAAUUCCACCUGUUGAAUUGAUUGCCAACUUGAAGAUGUGUUCAUAAGGGCACAAAUAAAGCUUAUGAAACCCCUUAAUUUGAUUGACCCUCCACAUGAGCUGAGGUAUAUGAUCUUCAAGCGCUACCGCCACCACACCUUAAUCCUUGUGGGAGAAGUUGACUGAGCCCACAAGGUUUAAAAGACUCUUUCGUGGUCGGUUUAUGAUGUUUUAGGUUGAGAUCCUCCCCUAUAAAUACUAAAUAGAGGGCAUGACCCAGUAGCUUAGUAAGAUUUCCCAAACAUACAAAUUCUCUGUACACUCUGAGUGAGUGAUGCCCUAGUCUUUGUAGAGAUUCUGCAACUAAGGAGAUGCUAUCAUCAUCAAUGGUGGUACCUUCCUUCUCUUCUAGGUAUCCUAGUCAAAAUUGAUUGUAUGAAGAUGUGAACUUGAUUAUUGUUAUGUGAAUGAAUGCUAUGAUUUCAUCUCAUGUUUGUGUUUGUGUAUGUAAAUCUCGAUGCACAUUGCAUAUGUAUGGACGCUUUUAGUUUGAAUAUUUAUGUGAUGUUCAUUGAUCUUUAAAUAGUGUGAAUACUUCUUUAUCGUUGAUUCUUGUGAUUCUAUUGUAUGCUACUAAAUUCAUUGUACUUCUUUAUACCUCGAGUAGUAUCAAUAUUUGAUCGUUAGAUCACCGAUGCCAUAGACUAUGGUUAUGGUUAGAAGCCCACAAUUAGUGAUAUGAUAUCCUAACUUCCUGUUUCUUAAUUAAUUAGGCGAUGGCAUGAAGCGAAAGCAUGCAUUAGCCAGUUAAAUCUCUAUCAUAAGAGGCGCAUGCACGGGUAGAGAAUGGCUUUAGUGGAAAGCAUAGAGUGUCACAAUAGACAAAUCAUCGAUGCAUGUUGUUGUUGAGUCCUAAUAUGCAUGAUAGUACUCGAGUUUACUCUCUUCUACGAUAACUAAUGUUUACUUCUAUGCAUCUCUAAAUUGAAAAAUACCUAAACAAUUUUACUUUCCUUGCUUUACUUUUCUUUGUUUUCUACUUGAAUAAAACCCCAAAAAGUUUUUCUUAUUUUCGCGUGUCAUAGAUGACUUGUGUGAGUAUUAGAAGACCUUGUGGAAUACGACCCUAGGCAUCCCCUAGGAUUUUGUCACUCGAUAUCACAUCAAGCCCCCCGCACUUCUUAAAAAAACAUUCAAAGGGAAAUCCCAUGACAUUCUAACCUCAUAAAAUUAUAUAAUGUUAGAAACUCAGCUUUCAGGAGAGGCAGAAGCCAUUGCAACUCAAGGGGAUGCUUUUGCAUGAACCAUAAUUUUAUUCUAACAAAGCACAAACAUGCACAAUCAAAAUGAAAAAUACCUCAAUCAUUAAAUUAAAAACACCCAUAAACAAUCAUUCAAUUCAUACAACUACAUGGUAAAUAGUUAGGGUUUCACAACACCCAAGUGAAAAAGGAAACUACUCCAUGCUAGAAAGGGGAAGAACACAAAAGAAAUAAGUAGAUACCAUCAUGGUGAUGCCUCCACUCUCCUUUGAUCUUGUGUUGAUCUUCUCUCUGGGAGAUUCUUCCCAAUUCACCACUUGGAGCAAACCAUGGCCUCUCUUCUUCUUUGGUGCGUCCUUUCUCUCUCUGGAAUCUGAAGAAGGAGACACUUUCUCACACUCUCUCCUCUCUCUCUUCCUUUCAUAUCACGUUUUAUACCGAGAUCGGGCUCAGUUCACGGCUUCAGUUCACGACCGUGAACACCUCAACGCAUCCGUGAACUCGGAGCGUUGCGUCGAAAUGCACCACUUCACUUACGAAAUUCACGACUUACCGCUCCAGUUCACGGUCUUAGAUACCGUAAACUCCCUUGGUGCCAGUAACCUCUGGAACUUCGCUGAUCGCCUCAAGGUUCACGGUUUUUGGCUCCAGUUCACGGCCUUAGCAGACCGUGGACUCCAAGGGGAAACCGUGAUCUUGGCAUGAAUCUCCCUCUUUGCCCGGUUUUCGCUCCUUUUCUUCCAACUUUCGACUCCAGGGCUGGUUUCUUCCAACACACUAAAACACAAGAAACCUAGCAUAAAACCACUCUUUUAGGAGCACAAAUGCCACAAACGUCCAAGGGAAACGAGGAUAAAAUGUGUGCAUUUAGGCCCGAAUCAGUAGCAAGCAUUCAAAUCUUCACCCUUAGAUUUUGAGACUCUGAUGCAUGAUUGAUUGUUGAUGCUUGGAUUAUAUGGUAUGAUGUCCUUUCAUACUGAUGUGGAUAGGAUUCUAUCAUGCUAUUGUUGACCUUUUAUGAUCCACUACCUAAGAUUGGGGUUAAGUAAUGAUGGCUAUGAUUCAUUGAGUUAUAGGGUUAUGAAUAGUGUUUGCUUGGGGACAAGCAAAUUUCAAGUGUGGGGUAUUUAUGAUGAUCUUUUAUUUAUAGUGUUAGUCACUCUCAUUCUUGAUAUAUUUUCCCCUUCUAUCAAAGCAUCUUUAGUCAUUUCAAUGGUAUUUCUUGUCUAAAUCACAUUUAUUUAAUCUAUGAGCGUUAAUAGACCUAAGAUAUGUUCUUGUACUCUUUGAUGCCUUCUUGGUAUGUUUUUAUGGUUUUAAAGGUACAAAGCAACCUACUGAUAAUAAUAACAAGCACUAAAGAAAUCAGGAGGACCAAAUGAGCUCUAAAGAGAAACUUAAGGAGUUUUCGUGAGAAAGAAAAGGUCCAAUGAUGGUGAAGUCAACUAGAAGUUGAUUCAUUAUCUCAAGACAAGCCCAUAGGAAGAAGACUCUGCCUAUUUGGACAAAGGAACGAGCGGCGUCCCAAGCAACAGGACCAACUGCCACUAUGGGAAAAAUCUCAAGACACGUCAAAAUAUUUAGGAGAAAAAUUUGAUGGACCAGGAUGCCCGACGCACAAAGAAAAAGAUUAGAGGUUCCAACCGAAGCCCUACUUCCACCAAUCCUAACUCAUUCUGGAGGAAGUUUACUUAGCCCACAAGGUUUAGGAGACUCUUUCCUAGUCGGUUUAGGAUUUUUUAGGCCGAGAUUUCCCCCUAUAAAUAGAGGGCAUGACUCAUUAGCUGAAUAAGGCUCCACAAACACACAAAUUCUCUAUAACACUCUACAUGAGUGGUUAGCCUAGUCGAAGUAGAGGGGUUUGCAACUAAGGACUUGUUAUCAUCAGCUAUGAUGGUAUCUUUCUUCUCCUCUAUGUAGUUAGUCGAAAUUGAUUCUAUUAUGAUGUGAUCUUAUUUAUUGUUAUGUGAAUGAAUGCUGUGAUUUCAUCUCAUGCUUGUGUUUGUUUAUUAGAUUUUCAAUGCUAUUGCCUAUGUAUGGAUGUUUUUAGUUUGAUGCUUAUGUGAUGAUCAUUUAUGUUUCUAUAGUAUGAAUGCUCUUUUAUCAUCGAUGCUUAUAAUUCUAUUGGAUGCUACUAUAUGCAUUAUGCUUAGUAUUACCUAGGUAGGUUGUCAAGAAACUAGGGAUACCCCAUUGAUGCUACACGAGUAUAGAGGGAUUGAUCAACCAUCUAUGCUUCGUGUAGUACCAAUGUUUCAUUGUUAGAUCAUAAAUACUAUAUUCUGUUAUGGUUCGUAAAAUCCCACAAUUAACCAUUUGCAAUCAUAACUUCCUUGUUAUUCAUUGAUUAGGUAAUGGCAUGAAGGAAAAGCACACAUUAGCUAGUCAAAUCUCUAUCGCAAGAGGCACAUGAACCGGUAGAGAGUGCCCUAAGAGGAAGGAAUAGGGUGUUCCAAUAGAUGAAAAAUCGAUGC